UGUCUGUAUUUCAGUUGUAUUGUGAAUUGAAUCAGGAUACUGAAUACUCAAUGUAUUAUGCGUAUAAGGAGUUGUGUGAAAAAUUUAAUUUUUUCCCUAAAUGGAUGUAGAUUUUUUAUUGAUUGACCUAGCAAAUACCAAAUCAAGUACUUGAAAAGACAACACAGACGUUGAGAUAAAAACAAAUUAUUUUCCUUGUUCCUUGGAGUCCCAGGUCGGAUCUUGGAUUUUAUUAUAGCGAAAGUCGAAUUUUGUUAGAAAUUCAAAAAAUAGAACAAUGAUAAAUCAUUAAUUUUCAAAAGGAGCAAUGAAUAAAUUAACAAAAGCAUGAUAAAAAUAGUAGAGAAGCACAAUAAAAGAGCAUCAACUUCCCAAUCGUAACGGCGCUAGGUGUUUUCCUGCUGAUAAAAUUAUUUCAAUCAUUAACAUAUUCAAUUUAUAAGUAAAUCUUCAAGACUUCUGGCUAAGGAUUCAAAUAACCGUUGAAGUUAACCUUCAAGUUUGACUAUGUGGAUAUUAUAUUGCAGUUUUGUAAAAAUUAAUUUUUCAACAACAAGACGUUCAACAGUUUGGCUUGCGUAGAUGAUCUAACAUUUAAGCACAAUUUAUCUGAGGAUAAAAAGCUAUUUCGUGAAUGAAAAGCUGAGGAAGAAAAGAAAAUUUCAAAUAAAAAUGAGUUUUCUCAAGUCACUUAAAUGCAACACCAUCGUCCACUUAAUGUUCGCCAUAACAUUUUUCAUUUCUGGCCUGAUGAUUAAUUUUAUCCAGUGUUUAUUGUGGAUUACACUUAGGCCUUAUUCUAAAUAUCAUUAUCGUAAAAUUAACUACUACCUCUGUUAUUCAUUCUACUCUGAGUUGGUCUUUCUGGCUGAAUGGUGGUCAGGGACCGAUAUAAUAGUAUAUAUCAACAAAAAAGAGUUCGAUAAAUACUAUGGACAUGAACAUGGAUAUUUAUUAAUGAACCACACUUAUGAAAUUGAUUGGCUAAUAGGAUGGGUGUUUUGCGAGAGGAUAAAAAUUCUUGGAAAUUGCAAAGCAUAUGCUAAGAAAUCAAUUCAAUAUAUUCCAACGCUUGGUUGGGCAUUUAAAUUUGCUGAAGAUGUUUUUCUCGAGAGAAGUUGGGACAAAGAUAAAGAAAUCAUUGGCCGGCAAAUUGUGGAAUUGGGUGAUUAUUCGGAUACAAUGUGGUUACUUCUCUACGCAGAAGGUACACGUUUCACUCAAAAAAAACAUGCAGUGAGUGAAAAAUUUGCCAAGGAAAAAGGUUUACCAGUAUUGAAACAUCAUCUUACCCCACGUACCAAGGGUUUCAUAGCGAGUUUGCCAUUUUUACGUGGCAAAGUGGAUGCAAUUUAUGAUAUACAAUUGGGAUUCGAUGCCAAAGCACCAGUAAAACCAACCAUGACAAAUUUAUUAAAAGGGGAAAAAUGUGAGGCACAUUUGUACAUUAAUCGUAUACCAUUAUCGGAGGUCCCUCAGGGAGAAGAGGAAGCGGCAGCCUGGCUUCAUAAACGAUAUCAGGAGAAAGAUAGAUUGGCCGACAGUUUUAUAAAUACUGGUGAUUUUUUCAAACAAAGUGGUGUACCAAGAACCGAUAAAUUUCGUAUAAAAAGACGAUAUUAUUCCCUGAUCAACACUUUCUUUUGGGCAGUAGUAGUUUUGCUUCCGAUGCUGUACUAUCUCAUUAACCUAUUAUUGUCAGGUUCAACUUAUUACUUUGCCGCUGGCGUUUUUAUUAUAGUUUUGUUUUACAUACUGAUGAAUCAAAUAAUUGGAAUGUCAGAGAUUAGCAAGAGCUCUUCAUAUGGUUCAGGGAAAAAGUGCAAGUGAAAAUAUUCAACAGAGAAAUACGCCAAUGUAAAGACACCGUAAAGAUAGAAUUAUUUCGAUACUAUAUUCAUAUGCUGGUAUUAUAUUAUUGACAGCUCGAUUAUUAUAAUUCUCCUAUAACAUCGAUUUGGAAAAUUGUAUAUUUAAUGAUUACACAAAUUAUUUAUUAUGAUGAAAAAAAAAAAUGUAAGCGAGUUCAUGACAAUGAAUUCUUGCUGUAUUUUUUAUAGAAUAAUUGUCAAGUAUCUCUAUCUAAUUGGCACAUUAUUGCUAUUGUAAGAAUUUUUAUAAUAAUUUGAGUUUUUGUCAGUCACUUAUUAGCUCUCUUUUCGUUGUGCGUAUUGAUCCAUAUUAUUUUUUUAUUAUACUCACAUGAAAUAAUCGUUAUAUUGUUGAAUAAACCAGUCAAUAGCUGAUUCUCAAUAAUAAUAAUAAUGAUAAUAAUAAUAAUAAUAAUAAUA